CUCAAAAAUAAUAACUCCGAUCACGACAACUUUCUUUCGACAAACAGCCCAGUAGGUGAACACCACAAUACCUAGACAGCUAUAGCAUUCGAUUGCUAAUAAUCCGCCUCAGAAUCAUACAGAAUGGGUGACGCAGAAAUCAAGACAUCGACAUGGAGACUGGUGGAGGUCGGUCGCAUCUGCCUCAUCCACGGCGGUCCAUCAGAUGGAAAACUUGCUACCAUCGUUGAGAUCAUCGACCACAAGCGCGUACGUGGAAAUCUGUAGAUUCCAACGACUCCAGGAAAGCAAAUAUUGACUUGUUACAGGCUUUGAUCGACGGUCCAGCAACAGACACCAAAAUCGCCGUUCCCCGCCAAUCAAUCGCUCUCGCCCAACUCAUCCUCACACCACUCAUCCUCGAGAAACUGCCCCGAGCCGCCCGAACCGGUGUUGUCGCUGCUGCGUGGAAGGAGGCCGGUAUUGAGGCAAAAUGGCAGGAGAGCGUGUGGGCCAAGAAGCGUGUCCAGAAAGAGCGAAGACGAGCAUUGACCGAUUUCGAGCGAUUCAAGGUCAUGCGAUUGAAGAAGCAAGCACGAUUCGAGGUCCGAAAGUCAUUGGCAAAGGUCAAGGCUUCUGCGUAGAUGGAUAAAACGGAUUCGGGUUUGUGGGCUGCGGGGCAUGAUUGCAUUGGGUUACUGGAUUCCUUUGCUUCUCAGGGAGCUUUGUAUCCUACGUCAAUUUUGACAGGCGUAAUGAGCAUAUGGACUUCAAAAGAAUAUUGAAGUGCUUUUCGGAAUUGAAAUGCUAUGAUACGUCAAGUAUGGGACUUUUCCUACGGAGCUUGUAAAUGCAAAUUUUAUGUGCUAUGACAACUUUAAUCACGUGCCUAAGAAUGAUUGAUGUGUUUGGAUUUAACAAAAUUA